AUGUUCUCCGCCGCCCUCUUUGUUCUCGGCGCCGCCGCCCUAGCCUCCGCCACCCAAGUCAAGUACAUCAAGGCCUCCGCCACCGACCCGCUCAACUCUCAAGGCAACUGGACGCUCCACUCCAUCGCGCCCUCUACCUUCAUCCUCGAGGACGCGCCCGACGCGACCGUCUCCAACGUCUCCGCGUACCUCAACGGCGAGCAAUUCAAGAUGGACUGCCCGCACGACGGUCUCGUGGCCGCGCUCCUGCCCGUCGAUGGGUCGGACCCGAAGCAGUACACGUUCGAGUUCGUGAAGGCGGAUGCGAAGCUGGCAGAGGGUGCGAUCACAGACGGGUGGUUCGAGGAGGACGCGAUUCCGGGGAUCAACUACCCCGACUUGAAGAAGAUCGGGAACAAGAAUGUCAACCAGGAGGGCUUCUUCGACGUCGUGGACGAUGGCGACUUCGACUUCCCGGCGUUGAGCUGGAUCGAGCAGAAGCCUCAAAACGGCCAGGGCUACCAGAUCGUCAUCGACUACGCGCACGAUGCUGAUGAUCUUGCAGACCUUGAUACACGAAGGAAUCUGGGAUCGCGUCGUUGGGUGACCUGCGCGCAAUUGUUCUCAUCCGGAGUCUCCUAUGCGCCCCCUCCACACAGCACGUCUGAAGUUGCUUCCGGCAGCGCACCAUCUCAGACUCCUACGUGCUCCUCCGUCACUGUCCCAGUCGACGAAGCAAACCUACCCCCCCUCCUAAUCUCCGACGCGGCCGAGUUCACGACGAUGUUCAAGGUGAAGCCCGUCUACGCCGCCGAAUUGAAGCUACCGAAUGCGGCGGAGGUGUCAAGGAUGUAUCCGAUGGAGUCGAUCCAGGGAAGGGCAGUUGCUUCGAAGUUGGGUCAGCGGACACUGGAUGUAGAUGGCCAGAAGCUUCACGACCUUCCUGCUCAACGCACCGACUCCGAGCAGACCGUUGACUCGCCCUUCGCCUCCGGCCUGAAUACGCCCGCGGACGUGGGUAACCAGACGAACCCGUUCGACUAUGCACACCGGAAAGUGUUUGGCGAGGAUGGGGAAGAGCCUGCCGACCAGAAAAUGCCUGCGCUGGAUACCGUUCAUGGAAGGGCGCUGGGCGGGAAGCAGAGCGGCAGCGACACCCCGCGCGCAAGGGUGCCGUCGCUUAAUGAGGCUGCACUGAGGGCGCUGGCAAUGGAAAGGGUCGAGUCCGACGCGUCGAGCAGCAGCGUCGGCGGCGACUCGCCCUUGCUCGAGACUGGCGAGGCGCGCGACAGCAUCUACAGCCUCCCGAACACAUCCAUUUCUCCCGCCCUCAAGGGCGGCUCCCUCGCUCUUCUCGCCCAAGCUGAGGGAGCUGUGCCUUCGGUCUCGUUCAGUGUGCCCGACGACACAAUCCAGAUCACCGCUGGCCCGACGGCCUCUGCUGUCAACAUUGCUCCUCCCGACAUGGCCGCCGUCUCCUCGACGACGGCCAUCUACGCGGCCGAUGACGACGUGGACCCCUUCGCCGACCCGUUCUCGGAUGCACACGAAUUUGUAGACUCGAUCAUGGGCGAAGACGCUGCCUCUGGCUCGACUGAUGCGAAUAUCAACCUCAAUGUCCCUAACGCGCGCGCCAACCUUGCCGAUUCUAUUCUCGAUCAAGGACCUGUCCGCAAGAACGACGCUGCCGACGACGACCCUUUCCUGCCUGGUUCUGAUGCUACCGGCGCGACUACCUCCGCGAACACGGAUAACUUCAUUCUGUCAAACUCUUCGGUCGUGGACUCGACGAGCUCAGUGGGUAUCCCCGACAUGGACUCGCUGGACUUCAUUUCUUCGCUCGGUAUCCGCCCGCCUGCGCCGUCGAUGACGGGACUGGCUGCUGUAGCAGAGUCGGAGUCGGCGACUCUGUCUCCGGGCGCGACGACUUCGAUGUCUCUUGGUGCGGCGGCGGCGUCUCUACACAACAUUGCGAACAAAGCGAAUGCGAACGCGAACACCACUAUUGACGGCGAUGCACCCCUGGAAUCGGAUGACUCCUUCGACUCGGACGCCUCGAUGUAUACCACGCGCGACACCAACGCUUCCCUCGACCACUCUCGCGGCGGCUACCUUGACUCUACCCUCGCCAACAACAUCGGCUACGAAGUUGCGAAUGACCUGGACUACGCUCUCGACUACGACGUUGCGCCUAUACCCGCUGCCUUCACUGUCUCUUCGAUCUACGAGCUCGACGUCCAAACGCUGGCGAUUGGCUUCCUCAAGGUGCUGCUUUUUCUACCGUGGUGUGUUGCGGUCGGUGGAGCGAUCUUGUUGGCGCCGGAAUACCUGGAGGUGUUUGCCUUUGAGGCGCCGGAGAGGGAGGACGCUACGAGCUCUAUAAUCAACGACGCGAAGACCGAUGGCGCCGACGACAGCACGACGGAAGGCUCGUGCUCGAACUCUGUCGCUGGCCCGGCGUCGCGUGCGACUUCGCCUACUGCUCCCAGUACCAGCUCUCUUGUCGCCCGCCUCUCCGCCCACCUCCCCACGCACCUUGGCCUCUACCCCUACACCCCGCGCGGCAUUAGGCGUCUCGCGCACUGGGCGGAGUAUGCACUUCCGCACGUGGCGAUCUUCGGCGCGGCAGUGGUCGGAUUGAUCUACGUGCUAGGCGCGUACGUAGAUGCAAUGGUGUGCGCGACGGUCGUGAUGGGGGCGGUGGGGGUGGGGGUUAUUAAGAUGGGUGGGGCUGCGACCAACGGUACGGCUAGAACUGAAGAGGGCAUCGUGGACGUCAUCCAAGGCGAUGGAGACGAGAUGGGCGGUGAGGUGGAUGAAGGAGGUCAGAGCGCGCGCGCCGCUUCUCGCGUCGGGAUGGACGACGCGGAGACGGUGCGGGUGAUUUUGAAGGCGUACCUCAUGGGGAGGGAGCUCCCGGGCAUGCGCCGCGUUGCGGACGGGGAUGAUGGGUUUGUGUGGGUGUGA